UACAUGAUGCAUCGUCCAUCGAUCCAAUCCACACGUCGAGAAUACAGCCCUGUUAGGUUAACCGACAACUCCCGUCGAUUAUCUGUCAGCCCUUUUAACCCAGAACUAACCCCAAGGGGACUAUCAGUCAGUCCUUUUCUACAGGAGACGAACCCCAAUCGACUCUCCGUCAGUCCAUUUCAACCAGACACAACGCUUCGUCGCCAUUCUCUCAACCCUUUUGAACCAAUCACAAGCCCUAGACGUCUAUCUCUCUAUCCUUUUCAACCGGAAGUCAGUCCCUUUCAACCGGAAGUUAGCCCAUUCCGCCCUGUUGUUAGUCCAUUCCGAGUAAUAGAGAGUCCAGUACGACCAAGAGCGAUUAUAUAUUCU